GUGAUUUUCAUUCCUUUUUAACUACACGUGCGUAACAAGUUGAUUUUUUAAAAAUUUUGUGAAAAUUAUUGAAUAUUUUUCUUUAAAAAUAUGACUAAAACUAAAAAAUCUUUAAAUAAAAAGAAUUCUUUACAAAAACCAUCAAAAAUGUUGGUGACCAAAAAGAGCGCUGUAAAAAAACCACAGCAGCAGGAAUCUGAUGAUGAAAUGUUGCUGGAUAAUGAGGGCUACGAUUCUAUGAUAGAAAAUGGUACCAGUGAGGAAAGUGAUAGUGAAAUUGAGCAACAGAACGAGCAGCCCUCCGAAGAUGAAGAGGAGGAAGAAGAAGAUAGUGGUAGUGAUGAUGGUUUUUCGGACAAGGAAGAAGAGGAAGAAGAAAAACAAACGUUGGUCCAAGCCACAAAAAGAAAGCCUGCCGAGGGAGUAGAAGUAAAGCCAAAUAAAAAAGCUAAAGGCAAUAAUCCCUUUGCCCCGGAAAAAAUAAAAGCUCCCACUUUGGAGGAGAUAAACGAAUUGAAAGAGACACGCAAUCUUUUCCACUCCAACAUCUUUCGUCUGCAAGUUAAGGAAAUGUUGCAAGAAGUUAAGAUUAAAGAUAAAUAUAACAAUUACAUCAACACUUUUAUGGAACAGUUUAAGAGUUUUGUGAAAAGUUUAAAAAAUCAGACGGAAAAACAAGAUAUUGAUAAAUUAAUGUGGCUUAAGAAAUCCCAGCUAGCGGUACCUAUUAAUCUACAAGCCUUAAAAGUGCAGCAACAAAAAAUAUUCCAGUUUCAGUUCAUUAAACCCACCACAGAACCAUUUUUAUUGGGAGCCUGUAAUACACAGACUUUGUUGGGUCCCAAAUUGCAGGCAGAUAUAGCUGUCCUCAUGCCGGAGGAAUGUUGGCAAAAGGAAAAUUAUCUUAAUCUACAGUAUGAUCAGAAAAGAGCAUAUUAUUUGACUUAUUUAACACAAAAACUAUUGGAAUCUAAACUAAUAGCUGGUUUAAAGGAGGAGCAUCUUAAAUUCAAUUAUUACAACAAUAAUCCCUUGAAACCGUUCUUGGAAAUUACUCCCCCAGCCGAGGCGGGCAAAAAUUUGUCACAAAAAUUAGCUAUACGUAUUUUUAUAGGCUGUGAGCAAAACUCCUUUAAACUUAACCGUUUUGUACCCUGGAAUAAUAACAUACGUUCUAGCCUGUUUGAUAGCACCGAUGACGACUCAGCACCCUUAGCCACACCCAAUUAUAAUGCCAAUAUAUUAUUUGAUUUGACAAUGCAUGCAAAUCAAAAGCUUCUAAAGGAAGUAUUUGAGCAACAUAAAAACUUUCAGGAGGGUUUAGUGCUACUCAAGGUAUGGCUGCGUCAACGCCAGCUAGAUGUGGGUUAUGGUGGUUUUAAUGCCCAUAUGUUAGCCAUGUUUAUAGCGUAUUUAUUUAAGCAACGUAAAUUGCAUAGCAAUAUGAGCAGUUAUCAGGUGGCCCGUAAUGUUUGGAAUCAUUUGGCUUUUUCCUCCUGGCAUGAAAACAACAAGGGUAUUACUUUGUGCAACAAUACCGUCGCUAUAGCCAAUCAACCAACAUUGGAACAAUUUCAUGCCUAUUAUCCUGUAGUAUUCAUCGAUGUUACCGGCUUUUACAAUAUCUGUUCGAAUGUUAGUCUUGAUGUUUAUAAGAGAAUUUGUUUGGAGGCUAAAUUGGCGGUGGACAUGUUGAACGAUAUGAAAUUGAAUAGUUUCCAAUUGUUGUUUAUGUCCAAAUUGCCGCUUUAUUCACAAAUGGAUCAUAUUUUGAAAAUCAACAAUCCCGAUGCUAUAGAACAAAUCCUUGAAAUGCAUGUAACACCAGCUGACAAAUACAAUUAUGCCGGCUAUGCCUAUCCACAACUAUUGAAAGUAGUUACCAGUCUGCUGCAAAAAGGUCUCUCUAAACGUGUAGAAUUUAUGUUACCCCUAGAACAAUUGACCACACCCUGGAGUGUUAAUGAAUCUGCCGCUGCUGCUCCACAACAUCUUCACCUAGGUCUAAUCCUCAAUCCUGAACAGGCCUACGAAAUACUCGACAAAGGUCCUGAAUCCAUAGAUGAUGAAGCCGCUAAAUUCCGUGCUUUCUGGGGAGAAAAGGCUCAAUUGAGACGUUUUCAAGAUGGCAGCAUAACCGAGUCCGUGGUAUGGGCUGCUGCCAGUGAUGAUCUCAGCAAGAAACGUUUAAUAGUGCGCAGUAUUGUUUUGUAUUUGUUGCAACAUCAUUUCCAACUCGAAGACAAGGAUGUGGAAUAUAUAGCUGGUGAAUUUGAGUCCGUAGUUGAGUUGACAAAAUCUUUCAAAGUGGACAAUUUAAGAUUGAAUAAGCAAAAAUUAAACCAAGACACUAAUGCGGAAGCUACCGCCCUGCAGGUGAUAAGAGAAUUUGAUGAUUUGGCUAGAAAAUUGAAUGGUUUAAAGGAAUUGCCUUUGGAGAUUGUAUCUAUAGCGGGUAUAUCACCAGUUUUGCGGUAUUGUGAACCACAACCUAUUUUACCCAGGGCCAGGUGUAUUAAGGAGCAACUUUUCUCGGAUCAUAUACAGUAUGGAGUUAUACAAUUGGGACAAAGUGGCAAAUGGCCAGGUGAACUGACCGCUUUGCGUGCUCUCAAAACUGCAUUUUACAUACAAAUUGCCGAAUUGGUGCAGGAAAAAUACAAACUUCCCUGCAGAGUCACCUAUGAUGGUGUGAUGAUUUUAAAACAGGGCUAUUGUUUCAAUCUAGAAAUAGCCCAUCCCAAAGAGGUGGGUCUGCUGAAGAAGGAAAAAACCGAUAAGGGUAUAACAACUCAUGUAGACUGUGCAGAAAGUAUUGCUCUCGAGAAACGUCAUUAUAUUUUACCCAAAGUAACGGGAGCCUUAAAGGCACUCUAUCAGAAUCAUUCAUCUUUUGGACCCACUGUUAUGAUAGCCAAAAGAUGGCUAUACAGUCAACUUAUAGACAAUGGUCUUUGGCCUGAAGAAUGUACAGAAUUGAUGGUAGCUGCCCAAUAUUUGAAGACAGCGGCCAAGUGCAUAACUAAUUCACCACAAAUUGGUUUUAUAAGAUUUCUGCAGUUGUUGGCCAAUACGGACUGGAAAUCGGAAUUGUUUUUGUUGAAUUUCAAUAAUGCUAUGGAGGAAACUGAUAUUUCCGACUUGGAACAACGUUUCUCUACCGAACGUGAUACAUUCCCGCCACUUUGUAUUGUUACUUCUUAUGAUCAGAAACAUUAUGGCAAGAUUUGGAGUACGGAACAGCAACCUAAUGUUCAUGUUUUAGCACGAGUUACUUUACUGGCCCGUCAGACUUUAGAAAUUAUAGAAUCAACCCUUCUGUCUUCCUGCUUAACUUUCAUAAAGCCGGCUAAAGUAUUUAAGGCUCCCACGCAAGGUUACGACUUUGUUAUACAACUGAAACCCGAUCAAGUAACCAAUACUUUAAACUUGGAAUUUGGUUCAUCCUUUGUGGAGUUUACCAAGCCCAAUUGGCAUAUGCCUUUGGCUGGUAGUAAUUUCGUAGCAAAUGCUGUGCAAAAAUUAAGGGAAGCCUAUUCAGAUUUUGCAGCCUUUUUCUAUAAUCCUUGUGGCGGCAAAGAGAUAGCUGUCAUUUGGAAACCUACCGCCUUCAAUGCUAAGGAAUUCAAAGUCAAUGACGUCAAUGGCUGCUCUUUAACAUCGGACCACAAACGCGUGCAAGCUAAAAAAGAAGUUUUAAUCGAAGAUUUUAAAUUCAUUCUAAAAGAUUUCUACUUACGCAUGGGCUCUUUAGAGUUUAUUCGACAGGCCAAUGAACAGCAAACUCAAAAUAAAACCCAAAACACAACCACUAACAAAGGUCGUUACUUUGGAGCAAACGACACGAAAGUGUCAGAAAAUGGAAAACCCGCCUUUAAAAAGAAACCAGCCGUGUUAGCCACCAAAAGUAAACACCACAAGAAGCCUGCCAUUGUCAGUAAAACCAACUCGGAAUCAAAAGCAAAACCACAAAUAAAAACUAAAGCAAAACCUCAAUUAAAAACUAAAGUAAAAUCAAAAAAAAUUCUCAAAAAAACGGCGAAAAAAUAAAAUAAUACAAUAACUUAAUAAUGUAACAUUAUUGCAUAGUUAAUUUUGUUUAAGUAAAUGUGUAAAUGUUUAUUAAAUUUUUUAAUAAUACCCUAAUGUUUCUGUAUAGAAAUUUUUAUAAAUUUAAAAUUUUUAA